AAGGACUUAAUUCACUGUAGAAUCCUGGGCUAUCUCUUCCAUUAUUUUCCCGCUCGCGACAUCAAACCAUUUGUCAGGGAGAUCGUAACAACCAACGAUCAGCCACGCGAACUACUCCAGUUAGGGGAGUUCUAUUAUGAUUUCUUCAUUCGAUCGUUCAAGUCUAAUGAAGGGCAAUCACCGCCAUCAUCGUCCCCCCUAUCACCACACCCAUCUGAUAAUGUCGCAAAGCUGAUAGAGUGUAUACUGCAAGAGGCCCCUCAAGACCAUCGAACGGCUAAAAAACAUGCUCUUGUUAGAGAUAGCUUUCAGUGUCCUGUUACGAAGGUGUAUGAUUGGGACGCCGUCAUGUGCAGCGAAGAGAUGGAAAUGAAGAUUACGCGCGAAGGAGCGGAGGGAGGGUUCACUCAGUGUGUUCACAUCUUUCCAGAGUUUACCAAUGCAAAUAUCACACCAGACUCGACCGAAGUUGGUUCCUUACUCAACCGAGCGACGUAUGCUGCUUCUGUUUGGGGGGUCCUUGACCGCUUUGGUUACUCGGCACUACGGGAGGAGCUCAAUGGUCCCAAUAUACAUCGACUGGAAAACGUAGUGACGAUGGAAGAAUCGCUUCGUAUCCAUUUUGAUCGGUUAUGGAUUUGGUUCACUGCAACGGAGGAACCCAAUACGUAUAAACUCGAAGGAAUUCGUGACUGGCUUAUUUCCCGGUACCCGAAGUAUGUGACGUUCUCAACCCCAGAUCCGAAGAACCUUCCUCUUCCAAGCCCAACUUACCUCUCUAUUCACGCGGCCUGUGCCAAGAUUGCUCAUGUCUCCGGUGCAGGUAGAUAUAUUGAGAAAAUAUUUAGAUGCAUGGAAGGUACUCGUGCCUUGUCGGAAGAUGGAGAUGGAGGGUCGGCAGAGCUGUUGCAUGAAGCAAUUCUGUCUUCGAUGCAGGCUGUUCCAGUCUGAUGUAUUUUUUGCUAUUCGGUCAUCGCGAUGUUUGUAGGAUGUAUAUCCGGUAUGGCUGCUAAAUAGAAUGACUUUCCACACCUCGGAU